UUUUUCCUUUUUUUUCUCCUUUUUUCUUUUUUUUUUAUUCUCUUCCCUCCUUAUAUGAGGAUUGGGGAAAAGGUGCGAUUUUGAUAGCGUUAGAGAGAGAGAGGAGGUUCCUUUAGGGUUUGGAUCGUCCGGGCGAUUAGAUCGGUUUCAGAUAAAUUUUCGAAGGAUCUAUCGAAGCUCAAGAGAACAGCGAGCCUAAUGCAAAGGCAAACGAAUUCUAUGGAAUCUUGCCCUGAAGUUCUCGGCACGUUUCCUAGUCCUGAAGAAUUACAGAAUUUCCAGGACUAUCUUGAGUCUUACGAUGAGAAUAAUUUGUUGCAUAUGAACAUUGCUAAUGGAAGCAUUCCAAAUUUAAUCGCCCAGAGCUCAAAUGGAGCUAGUUCUAGAGGGCAGUCAUCGUAUCAUGGAGGCCAUGAUGAAAAUGAAAUCGCGCUCUCAAAAAUGGAAGAAGCAGCAAGCGCACAGUUGGCAGAAUACAUGAAUCGAAAUAUUAGUAGCGGCCAAACUCACGAAGAGCUAUUUUUAUCACCAAGACCUAAUUUGAAUGACUACCCCCAGGAUGUAGGAACAAUUGGCGAUUGCGCGGACUUUUAUGAUUUAUAUCCUCAUCCUAACAGCCCAGUCUUAUCAGAUUCGGCACAUUGUCCUUCUCCAUUUGGUUCUAUAAACUUCGGUGAAAGUUCCUCUGGGAGUUCAAGGGAUGGCCGUCGCUUAUCUUGCAAGAGGAAAAACAUCGAGGGUUUCCAAGGACAGUCCUCCACAAGCGGAAGCGCAAGUUUCUUUCAUCAAAACAAGAACGGUUUACAUGAUUCACCGUCGUCAUCUUCUGCUAAAUAUAAUCUUUCUGCUGGUUCAAGUUCAAAUAUACCAAACCCAUUGGAUUAUCUAAGAUUUACAAAUGCUACUGAGGUGAAGUUCCCUUCGAUCGAGCCUGCGCCAGAAAGAAAUUGCGGCGUAUGGAUGAACUCUACCCAACUGAGUGAAACCUCUCAUCCGCUUAAUAUGCGGGAUUCUACUGCAAGGUCGCUGAAUCAAUCAUCUUCACUUCCUAUGCCAUUUAUUCAGCCAGGGGAUCCGAGACCGGUAGUUACUAGUUCAACCUCGCAGAAUCAAUCAUCUCCGGCUCCCAUUUCCUUUACUCAGCCACGGGAUUCGAGGCCAGUGGUUACCAGUUCAACCUCACCAAGUCCUCGUCUUGUACUUCCAGCGAAUGGAGCUUCCACUUCGAGAGGUGGCGGUUCCUCAAGCUCUCUCACCUUAGAAGAGAGGAUGAUAAAUUUUGCGGUACAUAAUUCUUUGGAUUUUGCUAGGCUACACCGUCCAAGAAUCCGGAAUGUAGCUAAUCGCGGUGUGAUCAUCGGGGGAAAUGUUCCCUCUACAUCACAAGCCGGAACGAAUACGUUUGUUAGCCCACCAGUGGGACAACCCAGAUUGGCUUCUCACCAAAAUCUGCCCAUACCAUUUCCUCAGGGCAUACCGCUGACUUUUCCCCAACCCAUGUUUUCAUCUGAAUCUGGGGGUCAGAGUAGCAAUAUUCCUCAAUCACAUUCUGUUCGCGCUGUUAACUUACCGGAAAUAGGUUCUUUGGCCGGUUAUUAUGCACCACAUGUAAGGCAGCAAAUUUUCUUGGACCGAGCUGACGGUGCUUCUGGUGUCACUCCAGAAAGGAGGAGGAUAUUACUGGAGAAUGCUUUCCCAGUCAGGCGCUCACGGGAAAACAUACGAGUUGAGCGUCAUUAUAGGGGUGUGGAUGUGCACGAUAGGCACCGAGACAUGCGGCUCGAUGUAGACAACAUGUCCUACGAGGAAUUAUUGGCAUUAGGAGAACGCAUAGGAAACGUCAAUACUGGAUUGAGCGACCAUAUGGUAAUGAAGCAUCUAAGGCGGCGGAAAUAUUCAUCGGCGACUGCAAAAGAAUCGGCAGUUGAUGAACCAUGCUGUAUUUGCCGGGAAGAGUAUGUUGAUGGGGAGGACCUCGGAUUGCUUGAUUGCGGGCACGACUUCCACACUGCGUGCAUCAAACAAUGGCUAAUGGUGAAAAACUUGUGCCCUAUUUGCAAGAACACCGCUCUAGCGACAUAAGUAGAAUCGGACGGUACUUUUUUUAUUUUUUAUUUUUAACUCUCUUAUUCGACUAAUAUAAAACCAUAAGCUUCAUAAGUUACUUCCAUGUUCCUUGGAUUAUCAAGCAAGGAUGUUGGUUUUAAAAAAAAAAAAAAAAUCGAUUUUGCCGCCUAUCUUAAUCUGACGGCUGUGGUUUCUUUUGGUAAAUAAAUCACCUACAGAUUAUGUAUUUACUUCUUCAGUCAAGUUACAAUUGGUAUUAAUUAUGGCAAAAUUUGCAUUUUUACUGCA